AUGAUAAUAUAUUUGAAAUAUUACAAAAUGUUUAAAUGGCUGUCAUUAAAUUUACCAAAACUUCCUAUGAAAAAUUUUAAAGUUUUGAGACUUACAGACAAUGAUAUUGAAUACCUACCUAGUGAAGAAAUGUUAAAAAAGAAAUUUCCUCAACUAGAAGGAAUUGAUGUUGAAGGAAAUAGUCAUUUUGAAUGUCAAUCUUUACCUUACUACAAAAAAAUAACAAUCUUUAGUGAUUGUGAUGAUAAUGGUGAAAUAGUUUCUAAUAAUAAUGAAACAACAACAACACAAAAACCAGAUGUAUCAUCAGAUGAAAAAAGCUGUGGUUUAAAGUGCACUAUUAGCAAUAAAGCUCGUAAAUUAGCUGAUUAUGCAAAAUAUUAUUGGAAUAAGUUACUUGAAAAGUUACAAAAAUUCAACAAAGAGAAUAAAACAUGGAAUGAAAUAAAGGGAGCAUUUAAUAGUUUUAGAGAAAGCUUGGAAGGAAUUUUUUGA